AUGUCAGGUAAAAAAGUAUCUAACUCACAAUUGCAACGGUUUCUCAAUGCAAAGCCUCCGCAGGAAAUCGAAGAUGAAAUGCUAUUGAUAUAUUCUGAAUUAUGUGCAGAUGCUGAUAUGAUAAAGGAUCAAUUAGACCAGUUUUUUGACUUGUUACAACUACCGAGAGAAUUAUAUAAGUUAUAUGAUAAAAGAGAGUUCUGCAUCGACAAUUUGAAUAUUGUCGAUUUCGAUAAACUAAUAAGAAACACAUACCUGUUAUUGAUAUAUAUGGAUAACAAGGCUACAAUAGACGAAAUGUGGGUGCUUAUGGUCCAUGGUUGCGGCAGGGACAUCCGAUAUCCAAGCGUUACACUACAAAAUCAUGUUUUGAGUGUAAAGGAUAUUCAAAAGAUUGCUCAAUAUGUAGGGAUGGACCAAAAAACAGGGAUUGUGGAAAUGAUGGCCACAGCUACUAAUGGUAAACAUUUAUUCCUUACAUAUCUAGACUUUGCAGAAUUAAUGGGCAAGUUAGGAUUAUUAAGGUUUUAA